UCCUCCUUCCCUGAAUAUGAUCGCAGGAGAAGCAGGGCAGCUGCUUAGAGAUUUGCUUCUCCUUGCCUGGCCCUCUCCCACCCUGUGAAAGCAUUUGGUGACAACACUGCCUGGGGAAAGAGAGAGCCUAUUCCUGCCCAGUGCCAACAGCUGGAUCCUCUGCCCAGUGCCCAGCAGCACAGCACCCAAUGGCUCAGAUCUCACUUGCUUCUCCUUGUGACAGAUAGAAUCCAGUGCAAAGAGCUUAUUGUCUGCAGGACACAGCUGACUGUCACCCCCAACCAUGGUGUCAUGGAUCAUAUCCCGGCUUGUAGUGCUGAUCUUUGGCACUCUUUAUCCUGCCUAUUAUUCCUACAAGGCUGUUAAGUCCAAAGACAUAAAAGAAUAUGUAAAAUGGAUGAUGUACUGGAUCAUAUUUGCACUUUUUAUGACACUAGAAACAUUUACGGAUUUAUUUCUGUGUUGGUUCCCAUUUUACUAUGAGCUGAAAAUAGCAUUUGUGGCCUGGCUCCUAUCUCCUUACACAAAAGGUUCUAGCUUACUUUAUCGGAAAUUUGUCCACCCCACCCUGUCAUCAAAAGAAAAGGAAAUUGACGAAUGUCUCAUCCAAGCAAAAGAUCGCAGUUAUGAUGCUCUGGUUCAUUUUGGCAAAAGAGGCCUCAAUGUGGCUGCUUCAGCGGCAGUCACAGCUGCAGCAAAGGGACAGGGGGCGCUGUCAGAAAGACUGAGGAGCUUCAGCAUGCAGGACCUGUCUAGCAUUCGGGGUGAAAGCCCGUCACCGUCUCCGGUCAUACCACGCGCAACGAGCAAAACCACCAAGUCUAAAUUAUCUCGGAGUGCAACCCAGGGCAGCGAGCCAUCAGUGUGUUCAUGCUGUUCAUCUGGCAAAGUCCUGCGAGUGAUUGAGGUAGAAAUGGAUCAGACAGAGGUGGCCGAUAACACAAUCCAUGAGGUGCAAGAGGUGAUUUCAGAGGAGGAAGAAGAUGAUGGUGGGAUAGUUUUCCUGGAAAAACCCACCAUAUACAAACCCCCUCGGCGGAAGGAAAGACCUGUGGAGGAAAUAAAGAGUGGAGACCACCGAUGCCAUGAGCCUCAGUUUAAAGUAAAGAACUAGCCUCCUCCCAGAGUCCAUAAGCCUCGAUUAAGGAAGAAAAGUACCUCUGCCUCUAAUACGGAAUCUGCGUGAGUGCAGCCAACAUCGAGCACCACAGAAUGUCUCUUCACUGCCUUAAAAGAGCAAAUCAUACCACAUGACACAGGUGGCGCCAGAGUUCAGACAGCAGGCGUGACUUUUCCCAGAAACCCUUGCUCUCCCCGCACCAUAUCAGUUAAACUGUGUUCAGCUUUCUGUUUGUAGCUGCUGAUUAAAUCGCUACAAAGAAAUUCAAUGGCAGUUACCUUAUUAUUGGUUUUGGGCCCGCUUGGAACAAUGUAAAAAUGUUCUCCCCACCUCCUAUGUGCUGACUGAAUCAAAAUGGAGGUUGCCAGAGCUCUGAACAGACAGGCUGACUAUUACAUUAUUACGGAACUGUGGCCAUGUUUGGUAUGGAUGUUCUAUGAAGUGAAAUAGCCAUGUGUUGAAAAAGUGAUUUUUUUUUCUCUGUACCUGCUAUGUAUUUACAUAUUUCUUUUUGUUGUCUGAACCUGUAUAAAUUAUGUCUCCAUAUG